UUACAGCCAUACUGCUGGAUGUGAUGGGAAACUCUACAAGUUACCUGCACGAGCUCUUUAAAUCCUCCUCGAUCCUCUCAGUGAGCCAGAGGAAUAACUCGGACUGUAUCUACAUCUGCGUGAUGGCCGGCAGAGAGGUGCCUGAGCUGUGGGACGUCGGCUCCAUCACGCCGCUCUUCAACCAGACCAUCGUGGAAGGACCGCACGCAGCUAACAUCUCCUUCCGGCUCCCUGUCGAAUGGCACCAACUGCCCACGAAUCUGAGUCACAUCUCUCCAUCUGGGAUGAGCUCCAUGCUAACCAGCAGAGUCCAUUCAACCGCACAUGCUUCACCAACAGCUGUGGAUGAAGCAGCUGCAUCUACAGCGAAGGUCACCACAGCUCAGCCGCUCACAACGGCUCCGCAGCCUACGACCGUCACGCCUCAGAGUUACACUACAGCCGAAACGCCGGAGACAACCCAGCAACCCACGGCACCAAGCAUGACCGCAAGAGCUGUAACAGCACAAAGGGAGACCACGCCCACUGUGGCAUCUUCUCAGAGUGGAACUAGAGAGGAAAAAACAACUUUAGCACCAAUUACAACCUUAAAACAGCGAACCACCACCGCCGCCGCUCCGACUGCUGCAGCUCCCACCACAGCAGCACCACGAUUACCCACGACACCGGGCAGAGCUUCAACCUUCUCACCAGCAGUUAGUCUGAUCCGCACGCCGGCGUCUACAAGCACAGCAGCCCCGCACACGACGUCCACAGUUCAUCCCACGAGACUUCCACCUGUGCGAGCCACAGCAGGACCCACGGUGCCCAGGAGGACUACAGGGCCUCUGGUUAGAACUACAACUCCCAGCAAGCCGACGGAGAAACCAGCUCUUACUACGAGUGAUGAAGAAGAAAAGAGCGAGUUACCUUCCCCAGGAUGCGUGCUGGAGCCGGGUCAGAGGAAGAGGCCAGACUGUGGCUCUUUGGCCCGAUCGCUCAGCAGGUACUGUGACGACAGCCACCUGUGGUAUGAGAAGCACACCUCUGAAGUGUGUCGGCGGGUCAGGAGGGUCUCCUUCUCCAGAAGUAAGUGGACAGCACGAGACAUUGACCUGCCGGGCUCUGCUGCUCGAGACUCCCUGUGCAGUAAAACAAACACCUGCAGCAGCAAAGAGUUUGGUCGCCCCGGGGCAAACUGCAUAUUUUAUUGA